AUGCACCAAAUUGAAUUGUUGGAAUUCAAUGCACGUAAUAUUUAAACGGUGUAACCUUGUAGCAUUUGAGCAUUGUCUUAGAUCCUGUUAUAAGUUAUUGUGGGAUCUUGAGAAACUUGAAAUUUCGUCAACUGCUGGUCGACUUCGGAUGCCUUGGCGAGUCCUAAAUUGUCUACGGCUUGACAAAGUAUAUUCUCGUGAACAUAAAAGGCGGAGUCGUUUAUUUUUCAAAUAACCCUCCGUCAGUCACCUGAUUUCACUUAGAGCAUGGCUUUCUUACAUUUCUUACCUGAGUCGCAAUGUGACUAAGUAUGACUGGUCUACAACUGUAGACCACCCACGUAACGGAGCGUUAAAACAGUAGGUUGGGGCACAGUGGUGACGAAGCAUAGUAGACAUUAAAUACUUAUUACAUGUUUUAAUUGCAUUACUACGAUCAUACAAACAAGAUAGAUUACCUUAAAAAAUUCAAAAAAUCAAAUUUCUAAUUAUACAUCAUAAUUAUUUUAAACUAUGAAUUUUAAAACGAAACAUAAAAUAAUUACAAAAGUAAUAAUAUUUUCGUAAUAGGUAUUUACACAAUACAGUCACACAAUGUCUAAAACCUUUACGGAUCAAUGUUGGCUUCGGAUAGUUGACACUUGGCAUCCCUAAAAGAAAAAAUAUGAACACUGCAUAAUGUUUGAUCAGUUAUUUAUUUUGUUUUACAAGUUUUUAUACGGAUGUAAUUACAAUGGUGAGCCGAAUAUAUUGGAAGACAAAAAAGUAUACAACCAUUAUUUAUACGGCUUGUAUAAACUUCAUAAAGAGGAAAAAAAAAUAACUGGAGGAUCGGUCAAAACUGAAAAAUUAUUCCAUGCUACAUCGACUAGAAAUGCAAUGUCUAUUAUUCAAAAUAAUUUUGACUGGGGGAAAACAGGUAGAUGUAGAUUUGGUCAAGGAGUUUGCUUUUCGCCCUACCCUAAUUAUGCAAAUAAAUAUGCUUCUAGCACAGGAGUCCUUGUUGGUGGUAUUCAGGAAGUAGGUGUUAAUUAUGACCUGAAAGUUCCGUGUGACCCUGAAGCAGAUACCACGGUUUGUUAUAGAAAUGAAGUUUACGUCAAGUACUACGAUUACGAAUUUUACCCUAUAUAUGUCGUAGAAUAUAAAUUUAAUAAAAAUUAAAGUUAAAACCUCAGAAUACAUUUUUUACCUAUAAAUCUUCAGUGAUUUUAAGUUUUUAUGGGUAAUAUGAUAUA